AUGGCUGCUCUUAAUGAACUACAAAAUCAUCACAAUAAAGAAACCUCUCAUCAAGCAGUCCAACUCAUGAAUACUCUCCGUACUUCUGAUUUUGUUGUAUGCUUACUAGUGUUGGAAAAAAUCAUGGGGUACACAUUGCCACUUUCUAAGCAAUUACAAGCAACUGACACAGACCUUGCUAAGGCAUGCUUACAUGUAUGGAAAGCUAGCUUUACCUCCACCAAACCUAAAUCUGCUUUGGAAUGUUUGGAUCUGUGCGAUAAAAUUUUAUACCCAAACAUCUACACAUUGCUACAUAUUUUGGCAACUUUGCCCGUUUCUACCGCUACUCCUGAAAGAACAUUCUCAAGUCUAAAAAGACCGAAAACCUAUCUUAGAAACACAACGUCAGAAAAUUGA